AUGACCAGGUUAAAACGGAUACGGGGGCCUAAACUUUUAACAGACAAGGUUUCAAUAGUUCGUGAAAUGGGUCGAAAGUACAAAAAUGCAAAGAUUUUGGUCACGAUACGUUUGGAUCCCACACAGUUGAAAAACAUACUGAAAGUGACAUCCGUCAAUAAAGAAAUAGAGAAAUCAGAUGAGACAACUAUUGAAAAGAAUUCGAAUGCAGAAACAUUGCCACCUACAUCUUCUGAAUUACCAGAACCAACAGCACCAGAGAAUCUUGAUACUGGAGAAGAUAUUUCUGAUAGUGAUAUUAGUUCUAUGGAUAACGAGCUAACGGAGUUUCUAACUGAACAUUCAGUAUUGGUGACUCCAGGCCUACCUUCGGUACCAAAUCAUCCAGAAAUAGCACCCACAACUAAAAAAACCCUGGAAAAGAAACCCUCGCCAAAACCAUCUUCCCUGCUACUGAAAAAGCGGCAAGGCUCUUCCAGUUCAGAUAUUCCACGUGUGGAUGAGACAUAUAAGGUACUACCGAGAAAUGUUUCACCUAUUGUGAGAAACGAGUUGCAUUCCAUUGAAGAUGAAUUUGCUCCAGUAGAUCGGAUGGUAUUUUCCUUAAAGGAUCCUUUAGGAGGUGGACGGAUAAGUCUACCGGUAAAAUCAACCUCAUGCAUACAUUUUCAAUGCUUUGAUUAUGAAAAUUUUUGUCUAUUCAAUAAGAUUACUGCUGCAACUAAGGAGAUAACUAGAAGAAAUCUUGUACAACUGAAUCGUGCACAUCUUGCCCGAGUCCAACAGCAAGUUAAUCAACAACCAACCACCAAUAGCUCAUUACAGUUUUCACCGAGAAACUCGCAGUUACCAAAUAAAGGCAAUAACCCCAAUAUUUCCAAUAAGCUACCCGUUGCUUUACCCGGAAGUAAUGGGAUCCACAACUUCUUGGUACUACCAACAUUUCAUUCGAAUUUUGCCUUGAACAACCCUAUCAAUAAUAACAAUAUUUACAAUAGUAAUGCAGGAUAUAGUCAAUCUGGUGAUAUCACUAGCUUCCAUAACCAAUUGGGUGAACCUUAUAUAAGAAUUAUCAAUGAUCCAAAGCCCGGAGUUGGUAGUCGAUUUGUAACUCCCCAUCACAAAUACCCCAUGUACAAAUGCCCAAUUUGUGAUACCCAGUUCCCAUUAAGCGAAUUAAGCAUAAGUGAUGGAUUCAAUUUUUUCAUUCGUGCAACUCCAAAGGAAAUAGACAGAGUUGAAUUAUUGAUUGGAUUGGAUAAGUACCGCUUAAUUGAUGAUAAUCGAAGAACACCAGCCGCUGCCGGGGAGAAUGACCAACAGUCUGCCGAAGUGAUUGUGCUCACCUCCGAUGAGGAGGAUGAAGAUGAUCGGAAUACACCCCUGGUGCAAGCACCAGAAGUCAAGACAAAAAAACGUUUUGAUUUUUAUGAAAGAGCUCAAGAAAUAUUAAAUCAAACAACGGAUAACGAAAUUCAUUAUGGUGAUGGUGAAAGCUGGGAUGAUCCAAUUGUUCUCGAUUAG